AUCACUUCAAUCGACAUGAAAAAAUUCAUUACAAAGAAGGAAGACCUUUUGAAUGCGAAGUCUGUAAGAAGCUGUUCACAACUGAAGAGAAUAAGAAUCGUCAUAUGCUGUUACACAACGCCGUAAUAUCAGGAACAGCAACGAUCCUAAGUCCAAGAACCAGCUUUAGAUGUAUGGACUGUUCUAGAGUGUUCACCAAGCAAGAAUCCUUAUCAUCACAUAUGCGCAAACAUCAAAAUUUGCCUAAUCGAGAGCGAAAAUAUAGUUGCAAGGUAUGUCCUGAAACAUUUCCACGAUCAUCAUUACUGUCGCGACAUAAUAGAACUCACUAUGAGAAUCGGAAAUUUCAAUGCAAUAUCUGCGGAAAAAGAUACGCUGGUAAUGGACAACUAGUUGACCAUUUGAAUAGGCAUAACGGGAUCAAGACACAUUCUUGUGAAGUUUGUGGAAAAGCAUUCUAUUAUCCAAGUCCGUUGAGAGAACAUCUUAGACUGCACUCUGGAGAGGCCCCAUAUCCUUGUCCCCAAUGCGAUAAAGUUUUUGCAAGUAUAGGGAAUUUACGGCAGCAUUUGAAGCGCCAUUCAUCUGAAAAAUCAAUAGAAUGCCCGCAAUGCCCAAGCCGGUUCAAGUGUCAAAGCAAUUUAGUUUCACAUGCCUAUGUUCAUAAGGAUGCAAACCUCUAUGAGUGCGAUGAAUGUGGUAUGAAAUUUUCGAAAACAUAUGUAUUGAAAAAGCAUAAACUUGUGCAUUCUGGGGAGAAGCCUUACGAGUGCCAGAGAUGUCCUAUGAAGUUCAAUUCAUUGUUUCCUUUGAAACGGCACAUGCUUAUACACACUGGAGAGAAACCAUAUCAAUGCAAAUACUGCGAUCGUGCAUUUACACAAUGCAAUGAUUUAGUGAAACAUACGAGGGGCCACGUUGGAGAGAAUAUAUAUAUGUGUGAAGAAUGCCCAAUGGCAUUUCGAUAUCAGAGAGAACUUCGAGCUCAUGUUAAAGAUCAUUUCAAAAAGAAAGCAUUGAGAAGUUCACAAGUAAAAGAUGAAGGGACUACGGUAGAAUCCGGAUAGAAUGACUUCCAAGGGACAGACAAAAUUUGCACAACGUUCAAAGCGUCCGCAUAAAUUGAACUUGUUUCUAUUUAAUGUAAUGCACAAUAUGAAAUUUCUAUAAAAAUCAAACCACAAUUAAUAUUCAUAGAAAACUUUACUUAAAAUUAACCACUCCGCAUACAUACAUAGGUGUCUAUCAUAAAUCAGAGAAACAAUAGUGUGUUUUUUGUGAAUUCAUUCAUUCAAAGAAACAAUAGUGUAUUGUCAAGUUCUCACUUUACAUAACUCAUAUCACUGGAUUGCGCAGCAUUAGAUAAAAAUCCGUUCUAUAACUUCAAAUCAUACAACCGUACUGAACAAUUAAUUAUAGAACAAUCCCUUCAACUGAGUUACGUCACCACAUUAUCUUCGUGGGCGAGCGACGAGUCCCGCCAUCAAAUUGUGCAGCCAAAUAAAUAUGCACAUGUGCAUUUAGUGGUUAAGAAAAUAAAUAUAAGAUUAUUAUCUCUAUGUUUAAGGUACAACUUAUUGUUCAAAAAAUAAGUAUAAGAUUACCCUUCUUAUUUCCGUCUUUUAGGAGGUAAACUAGA